AUGUUCGAGCGUCCUCCACCUCCAGCGGACUCCCCGCUGCCUCUGCUCAGGAAAUGUAACGCUGCGAUUCCAGCUCACCUGAGCCCCGUGCAGACGUGGGUGGAGACCCUGGAGGGUCAGGACAGCCAACCGCUGGGUCUGACUGAGCUCCACCCUGACGUCUUUGCAGUGGCUCCAAGGCUUGAUAUUCUGCACGCUGUCGAAACAUGGCAGAGAAACUACAAAAGAAUUAGUCACGCCAACACAAAGCUGAGGUCAGAGGUGAGAGGUGGAGGCAAGAAACCGUGGAAUCAAAAAGGAAGUGGGAAAGCUCGUCAUGGAAGCAUCCGCUCACCGCUGUGGAGAGGAGGUGGGGUUUCUCAUGGACCAAGAGGACCCAACAGUUACUAUUACAUGUUACCCAUGAAGGUCCGAGUGCAGGGGCUGAAAGUGGCUCUAAGCUCCAAACUGGCUCAGGUAAAUGGAAUGACGGCGCCCUCUGCUGAACCAGCUCCAAACUUUAAGGUUUAAUUCAACAUUUAUCAG